GGAGACCCUCCAGGGAACUCCCCAGGGUUCCUCUUCCAGCUGCUGCUGCUGUCUCUGCUCGUGCAGCCAGUGAGGCUUCCUCGGUGGCCGCUCGCAGCGUUGGAGGCGCCAAGGGCAGCAGGACCGGCGGAGGCAGGGGCUGCAGGGCCAGCGGAGCACCAUGAGCCAGGAGUGGGACGUGGUGGUCGUCGGGGCCGGCAUCUCAGGCAUGUCAGCAGCUAAGCUGUUGUCUGAAUCUGGACUGAGGACUGUUGUUUUAGAGGCACGUGACAGAGUUGGGGGACGGACUCACACAGUUAGGAGCAAGCAAGUGAAGUAUGUAGAUGUUGGUGGAGCCUACAUAGGACCAACACAGAAUCGAAUUCUGCGACUAGCGAAAGAACUUGGCAUAGAAACAUACAAAGUCAAUGUGGUUGAGCCGGCGAUCCUGCACACAAAUGGGAAAUCCUACCCACUCUAUGGCUUCUUUCCUUCAACAUGGAAUCCUUUCACAUAUCUAGAUUUCAACAAUUUUUGGAGAACAAUGGAUGAACUGGGAAAAGAGAUACCUGCUGACGCACCCUGGGAUGCACCACAUGCUGGAGAACUGGACAAAAUGACAAUGGAAGAGUUCAUUAACAAACAUUGCUGGACAAAAGCUGCCAAGGAUUUUGCUACUCUCUUUGUGAAUGUCAAUAUCACUUCUGAGACACACGAAGUCUCUGCUCUCUGGUUUCUGUGGUAUGUGAAGCUAUGUGGGGGAACUGUACGGAUCUUUUCUGUCACAAAUGGAGGGCAGGAGAGGAAGUUUGUUGGGGGUUCUGGCCAAAUUACUGAAAAGAUCAUGGAACGGCUCAAAGACGAUGUUAAACUGGAGAGACCAGUAAUUCACAUUGAUCAGUCAGGUGACAGCGUCAUGGUGGAGACAUUGAACCAUGAGAUAUAUAAGGGCAAGUAUGUGAUCAGCGCUAUCCCUCCAGUCUUAACCACAAAAAUCCAUUUCAAUCCACCACUGCCUACAAAAAGAAACCAGUUAAUCCAGCGUGUUCCCAUGGGCUCUGUUAUUAAAUGCAUGAUGUACUACAAAGAAGCCUUCUGGAAUAGGAUGGGAUUCUGUGGUGCAAUGAUAAUUGUGGAUGAGGAGGCUCCAAUUUCAGUUACCUUAGAUGACACUAAACCUGAUGGGUCUGUGCCUGCCAUUAUGGGUUUCAUCCUUGCAAGAAAGGCAUUUAGACUAGCAGAACUUAGCAAAGAAGAGAGGAAGAAAAAAAUAUGUGAACUGUAUGCAAAAGUGUUGGGAUCUGAAGAAGCAUUGCAUCCAGUGCAUUAUGAAGAAAAAAACUGGAGUGAAGAACAAUAUUCUGGCGGUUGCUAUACAGCCUAUUUUCCACCAGGCAUUAUGUCCCAAUAUGGAAGGAUAAUUCGUCAGCCAGCAGGUAGGAUCUACUUUGCUGGCACUGAGACAGCUACACAGUGGAGUGGCUACAUGGAAGGGGCAGUACAGGCUGGCGAGAGAGCGGCCAGAGAGGUGCUGUGCAGUAUGGGAAAGAUAUCAAAGAAUGAAAUUUGGGUGACAGAACCAGAAUCAAAGGAUGUUCCAGCUCUCCCCAUCACAACUACAUUUUUGGAAAGGAAUUUGCCAUCUGUCCCAGGACUUCUGGUCUUUCUGGGAUUUUCUUCUUUCUUCACCUCAUUGGCUGUAGCUGGACUCUUUGCCUACAAGAAGGGACUUCUCUCCUGAGUGUGUAUCCAAUAUAACAAAUCCUAUUUCCCCCAUGCUGUGGAUGUUAUUUUUCAAGAGUCUUUCAGACCCUCUUUGGGACACCUGAAUCAACACAACCAACCCAAUUUAAUCCAUGUCCUGUAGAGUAAGUGAGGGUUCUAUUUUCUUUCCUCAUUGACUUUGCCUGAUUGAAAGUCAGUGACCUUUCUUUUCACUGCACCCUAUCCACCCCAUUCACCCACCCCAAUACUAAUGAGAACAAACCAGAACGGAUUUUGCACAUGUUCCAAAGCCUUUGGAAAGCUUCCACAUGUCUUAUUAAAAAAAAAAAGAUCUUUUGGUGAACAAAUAAAUAUGCAAGGCUUAUUCUAGUGGCUUAUUAAACCAGAUGCUUAGUCUGUCAAGUGCCUCUUGUAUGUAGUACACUGCUUUUUAAAACUACGAAAACUGUAAAUGUAUUUCAGCUAUUAUGUACUGAUAUAGCAUACUCAUGAUGGAGCUGAAUGAAGUUAAAUAAGUACAGUAAUGUUAACUGGAGAUGCAACAGAGUGAAAGGAGGAGACCCUUUCCCUGGGAGUUGCACUUUAAAAAAAUGAAGUGCAUUAGUUGUUUUACAAGCAUUGCAUUAUAGGAAAAGAUUUAGACUCCAGAGCUUUGAAAUUUUACUUUUUUAUUACUAAAACUGUCAGAAUUCCACAGUCAGCCUGGCCAUUGGCCCUAACUCCCACUCCAGUACUGUAGUCUUGAGGUAGCAGAGAACAAGUCCUGUACUGUAAUAUCCCUUUGAACACUGGAAAAAACCUAACAUAUCUCCCUGUGAUCUUUUCUUAUUUGCCUGCUUCUUAAAAGGCAACUCCCAGAACUGGGGACAGUACUUCAGAUGUGGUGUGACCAAAGGAGGGAAAUCCCUCGCUACUCUGCAAACUCAUUUGAUACUAUUUUGCUAUUAUUUUUCCUCCCAUUGACAAACUGAAGAACAUUUAAUUUAUAUCAGAGACAAAGUUGUGAUUGUGAUUUGCAAGAGAGAGAACAUUUUCAAUUCUUGCAACACCCGAUGAAAAUCAGUGAUUUUUUUGUUUCUACCUUUUCUCUCCAUUUUGUCCUUACAACAAUCCUAUGAGGUAGGUUAAGCUGAGAGACAGUGGAUUUGGAUCUGGGUCUAGUCCAAGCACAGAAAAACCUCCUGAAAUUCUGCUCUAGUGUGGCUAUGUAUUCAGCCCAGCACCUCAGCCACAGUUACCUAUUAAGCAGGUAUUCUGAAACCAUUUCUCUCCAGUCUCUGUUAUACUACUAACCUAGUGUAGUAAAUGUACCAAAUUGUUCUUUAAAAAUAAUUUAUUUCAGCUAACACUGUAAAGAUUAAUCACUGGACAAAUGACAGCUUGGUUAGAUGGGGAUCUAUAUAUGCUAAUACAGUAUUCUCAUCAGUAACCAUUUUGGUAAAAUAGCAGAAAUGAUCUGUAUCUCCCUGUUUUUGUAAUUUUGUGAAAUGUGCCUUUUGAACAUGCCUUCAAUUGCUAUUAAAGUAUCCAUUUAAAACUC